ACCUCAAGAUUGGCUGUACAGAUGCAAACCUUUCGAGGGGAGGCGAGCAAUCGAGGGCGAAAGAGAAGAUGUCGCGGAUGAUGGAGAGACUGAGGAUUUUUGUGGCCAAGGAGCCAAUCAUCGCCACCUCCCUCUUCUUCGGUGGCCUUGGUCUCUUCCUUCCAGCUGUAGUUAGGCCGAUCUUGGAUUCCUUUGAGAUGGCGGAACCAGUCGAGCAGCCUGCUCUUGAUGACGUGGUUGCCGGUAUCACGGGGAAGAAAAUAUAAUAAUGUGCAUUUUCCAAUUUUCCCCCCCUUGUUCGCAUGGAGAUCAUUUCCAGACGUGAUGCGUUGUUUUAUCUUAUGAAUGAUGUGAUGUAACCUAGAUCAUCUGUUUCUUGUUUUUUUUUUCAACAUCGGUGAAAUGGUUCUGUUCUAAUAAACUGAAUAACGUUGACCAAGUUUCAUGAUCUAUUCGAGUUUUGAAUCUUUUAUA